CAACUACCGACAUCCUCACCCACACUCAGAUAAGCCACUCCCCCAAGGUGUCACCUCGGUCGCUUGACUACUGUACCUUCCGUACCUUUCCUACCACUUUACCCGGUGGAACUUUCCUCGGCGAGUCCCUUCCCCUCCAUUUGCACGGGCAGGUACGAAGGUUGCAGGUGUGUUGGAUUCUCGAUUGGGAAGCCUGAACACACUUCCAGCCCUCUCCAAUAUAUGACUUUCCCAUUUCUCACUCACGGCGCGAGCUUGUUCUCGUUUAGGCCGGUCGUCGCCCCGCGAGUGCGAGUGAGAGUGAGGCUGACUUUAAGAACACAUCUUCCGUCGCUAUCACAUUCACCAUCCUCAUACUGGUACCCUUCCCGGCACGUUCGUGACAACUCGGCAGUGUUUCAUACCUGCACAAAAGACCACAUCUAUCCUCGAGCGCGACUGAGAGCUUUCUCACAACAACUACAUCCUCUUUCCUACCGCCCAUUCUCCCCGAGGCUUUUUCCAAUGGCUACCCUUACCAAAACAGAAACUCGCGCGCAUGCGCAUGCGCAUCAUCACCACCACCAUGAUAAUACCUACCUGGUGUCCAAGAACAAGCAAGACCCUGGCGUGCGGAUAACGCGAAUUGGCCUCUACACCAACUUGUCAAUGGCCAUCGUCAAGGGUAUUGGAGGUUACGCGUUUAAUUCACAAGCGAUGAUUGCAGAUGCAUGGCAUAGUCUAACAGAUCUGGCCAGCGAUAUCUUAACCCUGGCAACCGUCUCAUGGAGCUUGAAGCCCCCAACGACGUUAUUUCCAACUGGAUAUGGAAAGAUUGAAAGCUUGGGAUCAUUAGGUGUCAGUGGUAUGCUGUUGUUCGGAGGGUGCUUCAUGUGUUUUAACAGCUGCGAAAUUCUAUACGCGCAUUUCUUUUUGGAUGCUCACGCUGCCGCGGAAGCAGCAGCGCAUUCCCAUGGCCAUUCUCAUAGCCAUGGAUCCGACGCACCUAGUCUUCAUGCUGCCUGGUUAGCAUUGGGUACCAUUCUGGUCAAGGAAUGGUUAUAUCAAGCCAGUAAGCUCUUUCUACCAUUGAACACCUUCUAUACCAAAGCUAACCAUCUUCAGCAAUGAAAAUCGCAAAAGCACGAAAAUCCUCUGUCCUAGCUUCGAAUGCGAUCCAUCACCGAAUUGAUUCCCUCACCGGAAUUGUAACACUAGGUGCCAUUCUGGGCGCCAAUUUCUUAAAUGAGGCGGCGUGGCUGGAUCCUGUUGGGGGACUGUUGAUUUCUCUGAUGGUGAUCAAGGGAGGAUGGGGAAACACCGUGGAAGCACUAUACGAAUUGGCUGAUAAGGGUAUCGACGAGGCAACCAAAGGUUCAAUAAGUAAAGCAGCAAACAAGAGAUUGUCAGGCCUGGGCUCCGCAACUCAAAUCGAAUUGCGCGAGGUGGAAGGUGUAAAAUCCGGACAGAACUAUCUUGUGGAUUUACAAAUCGGGGUACCAAAGUCCUGGAGCCUUGAACAGAUACGAGAAGUUGAAGAGAAUGUUCGGGAGGCUGUCGGGUCGAGUGUUCGUGGUGUUCGCAGGGUGAAGGUGCGCUUCGUUCCCAAAGACGAUGCUUCUGCUUCACUAUUUGAUGAAUUCAUCAGUGGAGAUGUGGAGGUGAAUCCAGAGGAGCAUGACCACGAUCAUGGGCACGAUCAUGACCACAGCCAUGGAAAGAAGGAGCUAUAGAUCAGAGUGGUACUUGUAGAUAUCAGAUGUUAGAAAAGUUGUCCAAACGGGCGCGGGUGGGACGGCGUUUAUCAGUCACAGAGCUUUGUACUCUCGUGGCAUCGGUUACACAUUUAUUAUGUCCAGAGUCGCAUAGAGGAUUCGCAUUUAGCACAUCAAGAAGGGGGACGUUGGGAGAUUCAAGA